AGUAACAAAAUCAUUUCACAAACGGUUUGACAUUUCACAUUUCUCUUUUGCGAAUUUAAAAAUUUACACCAAAGUAUAAUGUGAUUUUUUUAAAAAACUUUAAAGUCUCACAGAAAUUCAUUCAUUAUAUUGCCAAGAUGGGGGAUGGACCGGAUCUUUCAAAUUCAUCAAAUUUUAUGAAAGAUUUCUUGGCUGGAGGCAUUUCAGCAGCAGUCGCAAAAACAGCAGUAGCUCCGAUCGAAAGAGUAAAAUUACUUCUUCAAGUUCAAGCGUCUUCAAAACAAAUUCCUGAAGAUCAACGUUAUAAAGGUAUUGUGGACUGUUUUAUAAGAAUACCAAAAGAGCAAGGGGUUGGAGCCUUUUGGAGAGGAAAUUUGGCUAAUGUAAUUAGAUAUUUCCCAACUCAAGCGUUAAAUUUCGCUUUUAAGGAUCACUACAAGAAACUGUUUCUGGGUGGGAUUGAUAAAAAGAAACAGUUUUGGCGAUAUUUUGCUGGUAAUUUAGCAUCUGGAGGUGCGGCUGGUGCUACUUCGUUGUGUUUUGUAUACCCUUUAGAUUAUGCGAGAACAAGACUUGGUGCGGAUGUAGGUAAAGCUGGAGAAAGAGAAUACACUGGUUUAGUAGACUGUCUUCUAAAGACUGUAAAAAGUGACGGAAUAGUUGGAUUAUACAGAGGGUUUAAUGUGUCUGUGCAAGGUAUUAUAAUGUACCGUGGAGCAUAUUUUGGCAUGUUUGACACAUUUAAAGCUUUCUUGCCGGAUCCGAAAAACACCCCCGUUAUAAUUUCAUUCCUGAUUGCACAGGUUGUUACAAAUGUAGCAGGAAUUAUAUCGUAUCCAUUUGAUACCAUCCGAAGGCGAAUGAUGAUGCAAUCGGGACGAGCUGAAAAAGAAUACAAAAAUACAUUGGAUUGUUGGGCGAAAUUAAUAAAAAACGAAGGUGUAGGUACUCUAUUUAAGGGCGCCUUUUCCAAUGUUAUUCGAGGCACAGGAGGUGCCCUAGUACUUGUAUUUUAUGACAAACUUAAGGAAAUGCUAUGAAUUCAUUGUUUACUUUUCCUGAUAAACCUAAAAAGAAUACCUCGUUCUACACGAAUUUAUUUUUUCCGCAUUAUUAUUAUAAAAAAGACAUUACACUAUUAAUUUAAU